AUGGCUCCCCGCAGAUCUCGAGACGACUCCGACGACUCCGACGGAUCCGGAGACGAGGUGGACGUCGAUGGCGAUGAAAACGAGCGCGAUGCCGUCGAGUACGACGAGCGUGGACGACGGAUCCUCGCGGACGACAUCGUAGCCGCGAUACACCAGGCUCACGCGCGCGGUCUGACCGCCCCGAUGCUCCCGCCCAAGCGGCAGAUGAACCAGCACCGCGCGAGCGUGACUUCGCACAGGCCGGGGUACAGCAGCGUGGACGCGAGAGACGGACACUUCCAUCCAUCGAACGGCGAUCUAAAUCCCCGAGGAGCCGCCGAAGGGUCGUCCAAGGACGCCGCCGCCUCCGCCGCCGCGUCGUCGUCCGCCGCCUUCUCCGACCCGGCCAAGGGCUGGGGCGGCUUGGGCGACUUCAGCGACGCGGUGCUAAACGCGCUGGCCGCGAAGAGGCUGGAUAAGGAUAAGAUGACCCACGGGCAGCGUUUAGAGGCGAGGCUGGAGGCGAGGAUGCGCGGCGGCUCCGUGCCCACGGGCGAUCGAGGGGGUCACAGGGACAAACAGCGGCGGGGAAGCGGCGAGUCCGUCGGCGGCGACGGCGACGACGACUUUCACCACCGACGACGCGCCGACUCCCGGUAUCCCACCGAUGAUUCGCACGAUCCAACGCACGAUCCAACGCGCUCGGGGGCCACGAUCUCGCAGCAAAGGGCGCUAAGGGCGCUGCCGGUGGUCAGCGCGCGUCGCAGAGCGCGCAGGGUGGGCGUGAGGGGCGGUCGUUCGACGCGGCGGCGGGUGCUGGAUUCGAUAUCAUCCGUCACAUCUCGCGUUUCGUCGAUGUGCGGCCCGGUGGUCGAGAGCGAGGACUUCGAGCUGCUCGUGGUGAUCGUGAUCUUGGUAAACUGCGUGUCGCUCGCGCUGUACCGGCCGACGGAGGGCACGGGGAGCGCGUGGAACACGCGGUUAGACCGACUGGAGCUGGGUCUCAACGGCUUCUUCACCCUGGAGCUGGUGCUGAGGAUAUCGCACAGGGGCGCGAGGGAGUACUUCAGGGACCCUUGGAACAGGUUCGACUUCGCGCUCGUGCUGGCGGGGUACUCCGGUCUGCUCAUCGCCGCGCCGCAGGGCGGGGCGGACAGCGGCGACGGCGACAACAGCGGGCUGAGGGCGCUCAGGGCUCUCAGGGCGCUGAGGCCGCUCCGAACCAUCACCCGGUUCCAGUCCCUGCGGUCUGUCGUCGUCUGCUUCAUCGAGGCUGUUCCCCUGCUCGUCAGCGUCGUCGGAUUCGUCGUGUUUUUCACGUUCCUGUUCGCCAUCGCGGGUCACCAGCUCUUUCAGGAGGCGUACCACCAGCGGUGCGAGGAUCCGGGCACGGGGGUACCCGAGACGUGGAACGACGCCUUCGGUUGCGACUCGAUCGAUAACCCGCAAAUCACGGGUUCCAACCCCGCAGGGAGCGAAAGCGGCUCCGGACGGACGUGCCCGCCGUUCGACGACCUCGGCAAUCCGCUCGAGUGCGUCUACGUCCACAGCGGGCGGGGUAACUCCGUGGCUGGGUACGACAACGUGGCGGCCGGGAUGUUGACAGUCUUUCAGUGCACCACUCUAGCCGGGUGGGCGCAGGUGAUGUACCGCAUCAUGGACUCGGGUUCUGAGGUUGCGGUCCCGUACUUCGUGCUACUCGUCUUCUUCGGUCCGUAUUUCGUCGUCAACCUGUUCCUUGCGGUGCUGAAGACGAAGUUUGGCAAGGCUCAGUCUUUGUUCCAGUCCAAGAUGAACGCGGUCAAAGAGUCGGCGGGGACCGGGGACAAUUCCACCGCCUCACUCGCCAACCCAACCGUCGCGCCGUCAUCUUCAACGCGGGUCGACGAGCCCGCACGAUCGGACGACGCGGACGACGCCAAACCGAGCGAUCGGCGCAGACGCAACACCCUCGCGCUGAUAUUCGCGUGGAUUUGCGCAGUCGCCGCCGGCUACGCCGAGCAGCGUAGAAUCGCCGCUGAGCGAAAGGAGGACGAGCUCGCGCUCACGCUAGCCCAACACGAGGCUGAGGGGAUCAAGUCGUGGAGGCUCGAGUACCGACGAAAAGUGCAGGCGCUGAAGGAGUGGUGCUUCGAGGUUCAGGAGCACAGGUACUUCAAUCGGUUCUUCCUGGCGCUCAUCUACCUCAACACGGUGUUGAUGGCAAUGGAACAUCACGGCAUGAGUUCGCAGCUGGAGUUCGCGCUUCUGGUGACAAACUUUGUGUUCACUUUCUUCUUCACCGUGGAGAUUGCCAUCAAGAUCACAGGCAUAGGAUUCUGGGAUUUCUGGAUGGACAACUUCAACAGGUUCGACCUCUGCAUCGUUGGGCUGUCAGUCAUCGAGGUUCUGGCCAUCGGCGGCUCUGCGAUCCCAGCUUUCCGAUCGCUCAAGGGGCUUCGCUCACUGAAGGUGCUGAAGACGUUCAGGGUGUUUCGCAUAUUCAAGAUGUUUCGCUACCUCUCGUCGCUGCGAAUAAUCGGAGAGGUCAUCCUGUCCUCGCUCGGUUCUUUCAUAUCCAUUGCUGUGCUCCUCUUCCUCUUCCUCCUCGUGUUUGCCAUCGUUGGCCUGCACGUAUUCGGCGGCCUCAAGGACCCCGACUCGUUCAGAUACGGAGUGGACGACCCUCAGCUCGGCGGCCGCGCGUCCUUCGAUUCAUUCUACCACAGCUUGCUACUCACGUUCCAGGUGCUCACGUUGGAGGACUGGGAGUUCAUCAUGUUCAAGUCUAUUGAGUACGCUGGGUGGGGCGCAUCCGUGUACUUUGUCAUGUGGGUCAUCGUGGGUAAAUACACAUUCCUCACCCUGUUUCUGGCCGUCACCAUGGAGGCGUUCGAGAGCAAGUACGAUCCAAAAGCGAGCAGGGAGGCGAGGGUGGUGGCCAAACUGCUGCGAAAGAAGCGCGAACGACGAAAGAAGCGACAGGAGGCGUCGCUCAGGCGGCGGAAGAAAGAGAAGAAAAAAAGGAAGGAACUCGCGGAGGAGCGCCAACAGGACAAGGACGGAACGUGCGAUGCGCUCGGUGACGAGGUCCUUUCCGAGGAUAAUGAGGUUGCGUCUACCGCGGUGGUCACGCUGUCGUCCCCCCCGGGACCCGUCGCCGUGACGGAAGCGUUCCAAGGCGAGCCACAGUCAAAGUCCGGGUGGAAGCCCAAGCGAAAACCGACCAGGUUCGCUUUCGGCUCGGGUGAUAAACCCAACGGCUACGACAGCGAUACCGCCAGCGGUGCGAGCAGCGGCGCGAUGACGCCGUACUUACCUUCCGGCAUGAGCUCCGGCGCGGUCACGCCGGGCGGUGACAGGUACGAUAUACCGUCUGGUUUGGUUUCCGGGAUGAUGACGCCGUCGUGGGGUGGGUCCAGCUCGGUGAUCGGGUCUAGACAUAACUCGUUCGGAGCGGUUCGGUCGAUGAUCGUGCGACGCAUGAGCAAAGAAGAUGACCUGCAGGACACGUCGUGCGGGUGCGUGCCGCCGCACCAUGAGUUGAGAGAGCGGUGCUUCAAUGUGGUCACUCACUGGUCCUUCGACCACCUCAUGUUUGCGCUGAUAUUUGGGAGCUGCGUUGCUAUGGCGAUGGAACGGCCGGAUAUGGAGCCGGAGUUGCAGCGUGAUCUGCUCAUCGUCGAUUACGUCCUCACCGCGUGCUUCGCCGCGGAGUCCGGGUUGAAGGUGUUCGUGUUCGGAUUCAGGCGGUACAUCCGCGAGCGGACAAACCAGCUCGACUUUUUCAUCGUGGUGACUACGCUGCUCGAGCUGAUGCUGACGUCAGUUGGGGGUUUGAAAGCGGUGCGGUCGCUGCGUAUACUGCGCGCAAUACGGCCCCUGAGGGCGCUGACCAAAUCAUCGGGCAUGAGAUUGGUCCUAAAAUCCGUCGCCCUGAGCAUCGGCGCCAUGGUCAACGUGUCGGUGGUUAUGCUCAUGUUCUUUGUCAUCUUUGGCAUUCUCGGCGUCCAAGUGUUCGCCGGGAGGUUCUACCGGUGCAAUGACCCGAGUGUUCCCGACCGAGCCGCGUGCGUCGGUUCCUACUACGACCCGACCGUCGGUAACGUGGCGGAACGUGAAUGGUCCAACGCCUACCUCAACUUCGAUAACCUUUACCGUGCGCUGAUAUCCCUCUUUGUCACCUCCACACUGGACGGAUACGGACAGAUCAUGUUUGACGCGCUCGACAUCACAGGUAUCGACAAGCAGCCACGGAUGGAUCAUAACCCCGCUGCGUUCGUGUUUUUCGUCGCGUUCAUCGUGCUGUGCGCGUUCAGUUUGUUAAACCUGUACGUCGGCGUGAUCUUCUACCAGUUUAGCAGGAUACGGAUGCUCUCGCAGACCUCGUCGAUUGACCUCACCGAGGAACAAAAGGAGUGGGCCGAGAUGUGUAAGAGCGUGCUUCGCAUGCAGCCGCUUAAGAAGCUACCUCCACCUAAGCAGUGGUGGCGUAAGGUCCCGUUCCGCGUCGUGUCCGAUAGAAAGUUCGAUAGGAUCAUCAUGGCCGCCAUAUGCGCGUCAGUGCUGGUCAUGUCUGCCGGUUGGCACGGCGAACCAGCGGGAUGGACCGAGAUGAAGGACAACUUCAACCUGGGGUUCACGUGCGUGUUCAUCGCCGAGGCCGCACUCAAGAUCAUCGCCAUGGGGUUCGUGGAGUACUGGAGCAGCUCGUGGAACAGAUUCGACCUGUUCCUGGUGUGCGGCAGCCUGGUGGACCUGUGUGUGCAGGACCUGUCAACCUCCGUCGCGCGGCUUAUUCGACUUUUCCGGGUGUCGCGCAUGUUCCGGCUCAUAAAAUCGUUCAAGGGACUCAAGAGCCUCUUCGAAACCCUGCUGGUGUCAUUACCCGCGUUCUGGAACGUCGGGGCGCUGGUGCUGUUAUUAUUCUUCAUAUACAGCUACGUCGGCGUCCUCACAUUCGGUACGGUGGUUAGGGCCGACUCCAUCAACGAACACGCAAACUUUGAAUCUUUUCCAACUGCCAUGCUCACCCUGUUCCGAGUGGCGACAAACGACGAGUGGGUGGGCCUGAUGCAGGACUGCAGCCGCCCGGACGCAAACGGGAGCUGGGUAUCGUACCCGUACUUCAUAUCCUUCGUCAUCGCCGUGUCCAUGAUCAUGCUCAACCUGUUUACCGCGGUCAUCAUCGAAAACUUUGAAAACACGCAGGACCACGAGCAAUGGAAGCUGUCCCCAAACUCUCUCGAAGGUUACGUGUCAACUUUCAGGGAGUUCGACGAUGGAACCGGGACCAUCUCGGGUGUAGAUCUUGAGAGGCUCUUGAAGAAGAUUCCGCCGCCGCUUGGCAUCGGUCAGUACUCCUCUGGCGUUCUCACCGUGCACUUCAUCAAAGCUCUCAACGUGCCGCUCAGUAAGGAGGGCAGGGUACCGUUCAGGCGGACAGCAUUUGAGCUCGUGCGGCGGGUGUGCGAGUGCGACAUGCCGCCGGGUGAGAUGCGCGACAGGAUCGAGUACGGGAUACGUAAGGCGUUCCCGGAUAUAUGGGAGCCCAUACCGGACGAGCUGUCGUGGUCGGCGCUCAUGUGCGUGAUACGGGUUCAAAGGCACUGGAGGGAGGUGACGGCGGCGAGCUCAUGCGCUCGCGCAGGUCCUCGAGGGUGGCGCCGGAUCUGA